AUGCCUCCCAAGCGACGGGCCGUCGAAGACAGUGAAGACGAGGUUCCCCCCACUUCUGUCGCAAAGAAGAACAAGAGCGCCGCCGCCGCCAGUGCGCCAGAUGGCAAAGAUGACGACGGCAAUCCGUUCUGGGAGUUGUCGAACAAGCGACGCGUAGGAGUCUCCCAGUUCAAGAAGAUGUGCUUUGUCAACAUUCGCGAGUACUACGAGAAGGAUGGAAAGACGCUUCCCGGCAAAAAGGGUAUUUCUCUGUCUGUCGAACAAUACCUAGCCCUGAUCAAAGCAGCUCCCGGUAUCAACGCGGCUCUGCGAGCAAAGGGCCAAGACGUCGAUGACCCCGACGAAAUGGAUAUUGAAGAACCAGAGGUGGUUACAAACAAGAAGAAGUCCAAGUCGGACAAGUCCAAUAUUGAAGCAACCAGCGAUGAAGAUGAAGGCGAUGAUUAG